GAGGAGGAGAGCAGAGAGAUACCAGGAGUGUGAUGGUUUGCACUUCCAUCCAGGCAGUUAGACAGGAGAGGAGCAUUACGGAGUUGCUUAAAUCGGGAGCACUCACAAAAACAGUUUAACUGGAUGCCGAGGAGCAAAAAUGAGACAACAUGACGGGGGAAUCAUCUUUAAUUUCAUCUUUGAGUCUUUGUCAGCAAGCUUCUAUUCUUCUGAUGGAUACUUGUGUGGAAAAGAGUGACUCCUAAAUUAAAAACCUGGUUGAAUUUUCCUGUCUGACUCUUGCAAAAAGCAGGAGGUAAAGCAGCAGUUACAUCAACACUCGGCUAAAACUGUUGCGGACGCCAAAGGACAGGGGACAUCCCGGUGAACGGAGCAGCUCACAUUCUCUUGUUGACGGUCAUUCCGCACCAAACACCUGGGACUAAGAAACCGCAGAAGAUGCAGCCCGUGUUCUAGCAUUUGUCUAAAGUGUGGGGCUUUCUGUGUUGUGAAACCAUCUUCCACUACCUUGUGAUAGUGACCUUUAAACUGUCUGCUGGACUACCCUCUAGCACAUGCUCUUCCUGGUGAUUGCAUAUGCCAUGGUGGCUGGAUACGCGUGCACUUACGCCAUCUCUGGUGAUCCAAGGUUCGAUAUGAGCCAAAAACCCAGUUUAAAAGUUAAUGACAGUGGGAUCCAGAAGAACAGAGGCUGAUGAGAAAAGUGGAGAGUGAAGGUUUGUUCCAUUAGUGCUCCCAGGGGGAGACAUGGGUCUGGAUGCUUCCCCAGCCCACUGACCUAUCCCUAACAAAUCCUGGACACUGCUUGUUUUAUUCUACUGCUGGAGAAUCUUCAUGGUUUACUGACAGCUCUGCUUGUUGGAGUACGUGCCGAUGGAUGUAACAAAAUUUUAAUAUUUACAUAUCUAUCUUUACACUGUGAACUAAAAAAACAUAACAAAAAGCAGGGAUUUGGAUGACAUUUUGAGAAGCACUGUGCAGUGGAGCGUCUGUGUUUCUUUAUUUUUCUUUGUUGGCUCAAACCUUUCCUGGCUCAGAACGUCGUGGAAUUAUAAACAGGCAAUGUCUCCAAAGUUGUAUCCCUUUUCCAAUUGCCUCUCAAUGCUCACCGAAGCAAAAAUACACCUGAGAAAUCUUUCGUAGACUACAAUUGUGCAUAUUCUCUAACGUCCAGCGGUGCAGAUGGUGAAUUCCCAAGGUUCCACGCCAUUGAGGUCACUGAAAAAAGCUUGCGCCCAACAGCCAGGAGCUUGUGCUGCUGUCAGCCUCUCUGAGAUGGACUUGCAGUGAAAGGAAAAGCAUCGCUGGGGGGCUCUGGUGGAGCGGAAACACUUUUCCACAGGCUAUGUUUGGAUGUGAUGCUCGUCUCCGAGGACCUAACGUGGACUCCGUGCCCUGAUUACAUAGCCCUGGUAUUCAGAUAAUUCUGGAGGGAAGGGAUAAUGCAUAUUCUUCUCUGCCCAGAAAAACAAGCCAUCAUGAGCAACGUUACAGUAACCGACAACACUGAAUCCAUCAGCCGCAUCAUGAGCCCGGCAAUAACCAGCCCCCACCCUUACCCUGUGAGUUUCCAAGUCUCCCUCACAGGCUUCCUCAUGCUGGAGAUCCUGCUGGGCCUGAGCUCAAACAUUACUGUGCUCGCCCUCUACUGUAUGAAGUCGAAUCUUGUAAGCUCCGUCAGUAACAUCGUCACAAUGAAUCUCCAUGUGUUGGAUGUACUAGUUUGUGUUUGCUGUAUCCCUCUCACCAUUGUGGUGGUGCUGCUUUCCCUGGAAGGAGACACUGCCCUAGUCUGCUGUUUCCAUGAAGCCUGCGUCUCCUUUGCUAGUAUCGCCACCGCUGCAAACGUGCUUGCCAUCACCCUUGAUCGCUAUGACAUCUCAGUUAAACCUGCAAACCGAGUGCUGACAAUGGGCAGGGCUCUGGCCCUGCUGGCUACUAUUUGGGUGCUAUCCUUUCUUAGCUUCCUUGUACCCUUUAUUGAGGUGGGAUUCUUUGCCCAAGGUCAAGCAGAACUGAAUCAGACGGUCGUGGAAAAUAUGUCUGAAACAAACCAAUUUUACAAUGAACAUGGACUGUAUUACCACUUGCUGGCUCAGAUUCCUAUUUUCUUCUUCACUGCCAUUGUGAUGCUUAUUACUUACUCAAAGAUCCUGCAGGCACUGAACAUUCGUAUUGGAACACGUUUCCACAAUUCACAAAAGAAGAAGGCUCGAAGGAAAAAGCGUCCCUCCAUGACGGCCAUGACGACACAGCAGGAGGCCACGGAUGGCUCUCAAAGCAGCGGCAGCCGCAAUCCCACACUUGGUAUGCGCACCUCUGUGUCUGUCAUAAUUGCUCUGCGCAGGGCUGUCAAGCGCCACAGAGAGAGACGAGAACGCCAAAAGAGGGUUUUCAGGAUGUCCCUUUUGAUUGUUUCUACCUUUCUUUUGUGCUGGACUCCCAUCACUGUACUGAACACAGUCAUCUUGAGCACGGGUCCCAGUGACUUAAUGGUCAAGUUAAGACUGGGUUUCCUGGUUAUGGCCUAUGGGACUACUGUUUUUCACCCUUUACUCUACGCCUUCACACGGCAGAAGUUCCAGAAAGUCUUAAAAAGCAAAAUGAAGAAACGAGUGGUCUCAAUCAUUGAGGCAGAUCCCACCCCCAACAAUGCCAUCAUUCACAACUCUUGGAUUGACCCAAAGAGGAACAAAAAGGUUACUUUUGAGGACAAAGAUGCUCGAUUGAAGUGUCUAUCUUCUGUAGAUGUGGAGUGAAGGAACUACCUAUGCUGGGCUAAAACAAAAAUAAUCCAGUCAAAGCAGCUAACAGUGACAUCAGGGGAUGAUUAAAAAGGGAACAUGGUAAUCCAAAGCAUUCAUGUAAAAAGUGCAAUAGAAUGUACAUAGAUAGAAGUUCAAUAAUUUAUUAUAAUUAUUUAUUGAGAACAAUGUAGUUUCAUAGGUAUCUUAUAUAUUGUAGAUAUUGCAUGGCCUUUUGUAACAGUAGUGAUACACAGCACAUUGUAUAAAAUACAUGUAAAAAGGGUGAAUAAGUUCUUUAAUAGAGACAGAGGUAGUAAGUGUGAUGUAAGCAUAUAUUUAUAAAUAAAACUUGUGGUGACUUAUGUAACA